GCUUAGGUCAUGGUGUAUUACAUCAUAGAAGGCCGUUGUCAUGCAAAUCAAAUACCCAGGUCAUCAUUCAUCCACGUUGAAGCUAGCAAUCUCCGACUUGCGCUUGCACAAUGUCUCAUCACAUUCCUCUGUGCACCACGCUCUACGCUGCAUAGUGUCUCACCACGUUCAAUUGCGCGUCCCGCCACUAGUGGUUUAGUUCGGCUCAGCGAACGCGCCGCUAGAAGCCUGUCUACCACAAUUUACCACGAUGGACCAGUCCUGGUUCGUACGACGGAUCUCCAGUAUAUGUGGCGGCCGUCGGCUAUGGCGGAUAGAGGGUUUUUACGUUUAACCCCAAAGAGUAGGAGUGGGUGUGCCUUGGAAGGUUGUAGCAAGGUUGUAGCUAGAAUGAUAGGUGUGAAUAUCGAGGCAGAUGAGCAAGAGUGGCCAUGAGAUAUCCGGGAAUAUGCACUGACUUCAAGCAUUUACGCACGGGACAGUACUUUUAAGCUCAGUUACGUAUGGUCACUGCCACUGGAACCAUUCGAGAUAUUUCUGUCUAAUGCGAGAAAGACGGGCCGCUCUGUUUCCGUUAGGUUCGACUAACGCUAUCUGCGAAAGGCACAUCUCUGUUUCGCUCGAUGACUGCAGCUCAAUUCUGCAAACGAUUCGUACGAGUGUUUCGGGGCUCUGCAUCUUCAGCUCGAGCUCGUCGCUGGGCCCGUAAAGUCGGAUUGCAAGCAAGUCGGCAAUCGCUGUCGUGAGGUGGACUAUCGAGGCGCAAGACGGGGCAAAUGCGGUAGUGGCGGCAUCCGGGACAAGCCGGGUCGACUGCUGACCCUCGGUUUACCGUUGCGAUGCUAUAUCACUACUCAUCGGCCCUGGGGAAGCCUAUGAAGGAAGGGCAAAUGACCGCUAUGCAGGCACCAACACAGAUACGCGGAUGGAACACAGCAAGCAUUCCAGGACCCAUUCAUAUGUCUAACCUAAUGGUGCCACCAUCGCCACGCGUUUGCUGGUCGUACAGACCAAUGAGCUCGGGGUUCAGGGAUCACCGGAAGCCAGGGGGGGCGAGGUUGUCCAUUUGCACGCGUACUUGCUGACCGUUGCGAAAUAGGCGAUCUACGUCCUCCUUACAGUAAAGGUUGCACUGCACAUCGCUCUCUCAGCAGUGGUUGCCGACAUGGGCGCCCGCUAGUCGGAAGUUCGACAUUCAAGGCGUGACGUGAUGCUGGCGGCGUAUCCUCACCACCCUCUCCUGCUGUCCGCGCUCCAGGAUGUCUGAUAUCAACUAUGCCCGAUAUGAAGGCAUCGAGAAGCUCCCUGGCGCCAUCAUUAUGGCCGCAGUAUACCUGCCGCUGUUCAUCUUGAACAUCGUCCGAAGCAUUCAUCACCCCACUUAUGUGCUUAUCGUGUUGUCACUGUUCUACGUCAUCCGUACCACAGCGUUUACUCUGAGGGCGAUCCUGGCUGGUAGCAACACAGCGGGCAACAACAUCAACGUCUAUAUCGCGGAAUCGGUCAUAUACUCUGUAGGCUUCUUUGGUCUGCUGUACUCCGCGUACACGCUCGUCCUCAAUCGUAUGAACAUGCUUCGUGUCCGCCCUAGCUACGAUGGUCCGCUAGCAAUUCUCAUCCGCAUCAUCAGCAACAGACGCAUUAUCCGAAUUGCAUUAACCCGAUUAACUAUCCAGUCCACGACCGGCUCCGACAAGCAGUCAACGCCCAAUACCUCUGUCUCUCUCCGCAAAGCAAGUGUCUACAUUUUCCUUGUGAUAACUGCUUGUUUUGUGCUCGUCGCCGGUUUUCUCGCACUUGACGAGAUAAUGGAUGGGUCGACAAACUAUGACGCGCCCGUUGGUCGCAAGUAUCGCAUCUUCGUGCUUCUCGCUAUCGCAUUCCUGUGUCUCACACGCGAGGCGUUUUAUGCUGCUACGGUCAACACCCCGUCAAAGCUACUUGCAGUACUGUCGUUCGCUGUCUCGAGACUCGUCCCUUCCAGAAAGGAGAUCGCAGAGGCGACGAAGGAGAAGACGCUUGCAACGCCGAGCUCGCAGAACGAGAUGCGUCGCUUCAACGUUUAGUCGUUCGGGUGCGUCUCCACACUGCCAUAUACUUCCUUCUAUAGUAAAGCCAGCAGGAUGGUGGUGUUGAGUUCGCAAUAUAUGAGCACUACGAUGCCAUGAAUAUUCACUUUAUUUGCAGUGUUCUUGGAUAUUCCGUCAUUUAUGCCACUCAGAUUUGCAGACCCAACGGCGUCCCUAUGCGGAGGUCGGGAGCUGUGUACACGGGCCAGUAUCUUGCUGUGCUAGAUUUGCCGUCUGUGCAUGUUCACCGGAAAGUCUUCGGACUGCACUAUAACGAUAACGGCCGCUUAAGCGCUCUGAUGCAUCUUCGCUACGGCGGCCGAUGUGAAGGCAUGAUGACCGCGCCCCAUAGACUUGCGGGGCCCUGCCGUCGAGUAACUCACAGCCACUGUGUACGUUUAUAGGUGUAUUUUCUUCGGAAACUGCGGACGAGCCUUCCUCCACCUGCCUCGCCACCGCCUCGCAAGUGCGAUCCAAAUUUUCGAGGAUAAUCGGGAAGAAUAAAAGGGCCCCGACUGGAGAGACGGUGAAGUUCAACAGAUUUUGCACUCUUUUUCAUCCAUUCUUUUCCCUCAUGUCCAGCUCGACCGUCAACUACGCCCGCCUGGAGGGCAUUCAGCAUGGCGAACUUCCGGCCGACAUCGUCUUCACCGUCCUCUAUGCUCCCUGCCUUGUCAUUUUCAUUGUCCUCAGCUUUAUUCGUCCGACAUUUGUAUGGAGAUUUCUUGCGAUAUUCAGCGUCAGUGAGUACAU